GGAACUACGCCAAUGUAUUUGGGAAGUCAGGUAUAAGCAUUGAACUAUUCAGUUCAAUGGGUAAACGUGGUAAUGAACUGAAGUAUCUACUGGAAUUCCUUAAAGAAACUGGGCUCUACUCCAAGAUAUAACGUCAAUGCUCAUCUCACAAUAGCAAACGAUAAACAAAAAACCUAUGUGUACGUAUCCAGUGGGUGGCGGUAUGCACCACACGGUGUAAUCGACCAAUAAAACCAAAGAAGAAGAACAACAACAACCGCGGAACUACAGGAAGUGAUGCGCGUUAUUCUCCCAAAACUGUUCUGUGGGGAAAACGAACAGUGGCUAGGCAAGAAUGGGAGAUAUUUCAUUAGGCAGCAGCAAAAUGAGUUCAGAUGUGGACUGCACAAUAAACGGCUGGUGCGUUGACUACUACACAUUUACUGCUGUCAACGCUUUCAGAAACGGAGACUACGGAGAUUUUUGUAAAAUUCGGGAUGUCCUUCAAAGUUUGGUAGCGCGGCCACUGGAACACUCAGAAAUCCUCAGAAAACAGAUACGAGUGAUGCAGUUCCUGUCCCGGAUCAACGACGGUGACAAACUGGAUUUGACCUUUGACUCCCAGGAUGCCUGCACCCCACUGGAGUCUGCUCUGACCCUGCUCCUGUCCAUCAGCGAGGAGCUAGACGUGUCACAGACGGUUGUGGAGAGAGUCCAGCUGUCAAUCUGUGAGACGCUGGCGAUAAUCUACAAAAAGAACAAGAAUUAUUUGAAAGCAGAGGAAGUUGUGAAGAAGCAUUUGCCAGACAGCAUGGGCCAAGAGAAACAAAAUCUUCUGCAGUUGGUGCGUUCCAAGUCUGACGCUCAUCCGGUUGUCCAGCGAUUCAGCUACGACAAGUUCAGAAAAUCAAUGUUGGAUUUUUGCGAGAGUCUCUACACCAGUCCUGAGCCUCUUUUAUGCAAGAUGGUGAAGGAGCUUGCUGGCCGGAAGCAGCUGGAUGAGGGUAAAACCAGCAAACUGCCAACGAGUCCUGCCCAGGCCCACACUGGUCCAAUCAGGAGCCCCGGCUCGGUGCAGCUGAAGCGCUCUCUGCUGAAGGCUGCCUUCGAGUCCCUGAGGGAGGAGCAGCAGGUGCACGCCUCCUUCCAGCAGCUGGAGCACGAGGUGCAGCAGGAGGUGCAGUGGGAGAACGCCCUGUGGGAUGCAGAGGGAGGCGCGGCGGGAGGAGGGGGCCCCGGGGCCCAGCCCUGCACCAUCGCCCAGCUCGUGAUGGAGGAGGACAGCGAGCUGGACCCUGCCGUCAGCCAAGAGGAGCCCACGGCCCAGCCUGUGGAGCCUGUGGAUCUGUCUGCAAAUCUGCGGGCCGUCCCAUUGGAUGUCGCCACCCGGCCUGAAAAUCUGCGGGCCGUCCCAUUGGAUGUCGCCACCCGGCCUGAAAAUCUGCGGGCCGCCCCAUUGGAUGUCGCCAUCCGGCCCGAAGAACCAGGCCCCGGCCUAGAGAAGGCCUCAUCCAGUGAGGAGUCCCUGCUCAGUGCCAUGUCGUCCCCGGUGCUGCCCUAUCGGAAACCGCGCUCCCGCCCCGCCAACGGAGCAACCAGGAGGUACACGAUAGAGAGCGACGACAGCGACUCUCCGGUCACACCGGAGCACAUUCCUCCCGCAGACCGCCAAAGGACGUCCCCAUACCCUGUCCGGACCUCCCCGUACCCCAACCGAACUUCCAGAGACCCCACACGGACCUCCCCGUACCCCAACCGAACUUCCAGAGACCCCACACGGACCUCCACGACCAACGGAAAGCUGCAGAAGCGCAGGGUUUUGGACUCGCCGACAGAAAUUAAGGAAGACUGGAGCGACGAGGACUCUCUGUUUGCCGGGACUCGUGGAACUAACAGGAUUAAAAAGUCUCGGGAGCAAAGGAAGUUUUGGACGGCGGAGGAGAGCGAGUGGGUGAGGCAGGGAGUGGCGAAGUUCGGGGAAGGCAACUGGACGAAAAUCAGGGCGCAGUUCCCCUUCAAGGGGCGCACUGCCGUGAACAUCAAAGACAAAUGGAGGACCAUGAAGAAAGUGAUGUGUGCCUGAGGACUGGAGAGCCUCCAUCGAUGGCGGAGAGCAAACAGACUUUGACAUUUGAAUUGUUCAAUAUUUGAAUGCAGAAUGUUAUGGGUUUUUUUUUUUUUUUUUUUUUUUUUUUUUUUGCAGGGUUAACUUUAAAAAGAAAUUAACCAAAUGUUUGGUAGUGGUUAGUUUCCUAAGGAUGCUUUCUAGCAAUUUCCUCAGAUCCUUUUUUUUUUUGUCAAUAGCAAAAUCUCUAUUUUAGAGGAAUGACCAAGACGCAUUCGAUAUUUAAAUGUUACGAGAAAAUGUUUUUAUAAAUACACUAGUACCAUUUGUUCAAAUGGAAACAGCGGUUAUACCAAUGAUGCCAUUCUGUUUUUUUAAUAAAAACUAUUCUAGAA